AUGGAAAGCAAUUGGGUAUAGAAAUUGCCUUUGAGUAGCGCGCUAAGCGCCCGAGACUUCCCGACGAAGUCUGGGCGGUGGUUUGAUCAGCUGAUGUUGGUCAAACCAGCAUCCAAUUUGACAAAUCUUCUAUAUGAGAAGAAUUUGUCAUUUUGGAUGUUGGUUUGACCAACAUCAGCUGGUCAAACCACCGCCCAGACUUCAUCGGGAAGUCUCAGGCGCUUAGUGCGCUACUCAAAGGCAAUUUCUAUAACAAUAGCACAACAAACUUUACCAAGAGCUUUAGAAGAAGUCAAACAAACAGUCAGCAAAGCUGGGUGGAUUACAGAAAAAACAAAAGAUGGAAUCACAAUCACCACAAAUACAACCAAUGAUAAUAAGCCACUAGCGAAAUCUGAGGGGGAAUUUAACGCCCCAGCACAAGCUAUUGUAUACUCUAUCACACAAAAGAGAAAUUUAUUAAUCAUACAAAAUAAUUUAUUUCUACCAUAUUAAGGAAAAUUUUAGAAAUUGGUUUUUUAUUUUCGAAUAAGAAAAUAUAUAAUUUUUUUAUGAAUACACAAAAUACAAAAAAAUGAAGCCCAAGAUUAAAGACCAUAGAAACCUUACAAGAAUCAGGAAACAUCAGACUUAUCAAACAAGUCCUUAAAAUGAGGUGGCCAAUUGAUAACAGGGAAAUCCUUACUGUUGUCACAACUUUCAAUGAAAAUGGGCUAACGUAUAUUAUUGAAAAAAGCGUUAAUAUUGAUAAUAUUCCAGUGGCAAAAGAUCAUAUUAGGGCUGUAGUGAAUGUUUGUGGAUAUAUUAUUGAGCCUUUAGAAAAUAAGUGAUUGCUUAAUUAGUGCUUAAUGUGUCAUUUGGGGUAUUAUUAAAAAAUGUUCUUUUAACUGCAAAACCGCGACAUCAUGGCAUUUCCAUCAGGACCUUUUAGUGACCCAAAAUGUGGCUCCUAAACAAUUGCAUCAAACAUCUGGCCACCAAACCACAUUGCCUAGUUCUGUAUUUGGCUCGUCCGAGUUCUUCGCCUUAGGAUAUCCCCCUCUCGGAAUUUUCAAGCAGUAAAACCCGCAUACUUCAUAAAAUCCAAGUUACCUUAUGCGCUAAAGUUUUCUUUGGAAUUGCUGGAGGGAAAACUGAGCCCCAUAAUAAUAAAAAUUUUCUAAGGACAGAAAAUUCUCACUCCCCCCCCCCCUUUAAAUUGGAACUAAAAAUUUUGUUCCAAUUUAAAGGGGGGUUAAGAAAUUGUUUUUAGAAAAAAAUCAUUAUAAAUUUUUUAUAAAAAAAACAAUUUAUAUAAAAUUUAUAAAAAAAAAAAAUUACAAAAAUUUAUCGAAUUAGAUUAAUAAAUUUGUUUAAUAAAAUGCUAUUUACUCUUUAUCCUUUAAAACAAAGCAAGAUAUAACUAAAAUUUUAUUAUUAAUUAAUACGCCACUAUUAAUUGGUAUCAAAACUAUUUACACAAAAAUUAUUAUAUUUAUUGAUAAAAAAAAUAAAAAAAAAAAAAUUUUAGAAAAUUUAUUAAUCAAAGUGCUAAUUUUGUUUUAAUAAGAUGUUAUUUUAUACUCUAUUCUUUGAAAUAAAGCAAGAGAUAAGUAAAUUUUGAAUUUUUGUAAAGAAUUCGUAUUGAAUUUAUAUCAAAGCUAUUUAAAUAAAAAAUAUCAUUUUUAUCAAAAAAAUAAAAAAUUUUUGUUUGAAAAUUUUUUAAAAACAAAAAAAAAAAUUAAAUUUUUUUAAAAAUUUACAAUUAAGGAUAAUAAAUUUAUUUAAAUAAGAUGCUCUUUAUACUCUAUUCUUUAAACAAGAGCAGGAUAUAACUAAAUUUUUAAUUUUAGUUAAGAAGAAACAUUUAAAUUAUAUCAAAACUUUUUACAUAAAAAUUAUGAUUUAUAUAAAUAAAAUUUUUUAUUAUAAAAUUAAAUUUUGUUCCAAUUUAAAGGGGGGUUAAUUUACCAAAAAAGUAGAAAUUUUACCUAGAUUUUGUUCCAAUUUAAAGGGGGGGGGGAGUCAGAAAAAAAAUCCUAUGGUGGCAUUAUAUAUUAUCCUCUAGAGAAUAACAGAACCAAAGUUACAUAUGUAAAUCAGUAUGACCCAAAUGGGAAUGUUCCAAUGGCGAUUCGAAGAAAAGUUCAAAGCAAGUUAGUAAGAAGAUUAAUGAUUGCAAAAAAAGAAUUAAAAUAA